UUAAUCUGCUCAGCAGACCGGUCCGGCGGCCACUGCACUUGGAAUCGCUGUCCCCGCCGGGCAAGCCCAGGGCGAGAGCACAGAGUGGGCCGGGACGAUGCUGGGGACGCGGCUGGCGCGGCUGGUGCUCCUGGCACUGGUGCUGGCUGCCUGUGGAGAGCUCGCGCUGGCCCUGCGCUGCUAUGUCUGUCCGGAGCCCACAGGAGCGUUUGACUGCGUCACCAUCGCCAACUGCACCACCAACGAAACCAUGUGCAAGACCACACUCUACUCCCGGGAGAUAGUGUACCCCUUCCAGGGGGACUCCACGGUGACCAAGUCCUGCGCCAGCAAGUGUGAGCCCUCGGAUGUGGAUGGCAUCGGCCAGACCCGGCCCGUGUCCUGCUGCAACACUGAGCUGUGCAAUGUGGAUGGGGUGCCCACGCUGGGCCGCCCCCACUGGCUGGCCGGGGCCCUCACGCUGCUCCUGCUCCUGAGCCUUGGACUCUGAGCGCCCGCCCACCCCCACAGCCCCCCCCCAGCUGGCCUGUGCCACCUGCCCCGAAUGCCUUGAAGAAGUGCAGCUUGCACCAGGACUCCUGAGUCUCCUUUCUGGGCACCGACCCACCUUCCAGGGCAUAGAGAGGAGCUCCCAGCUGCGUCUCCGACCCCAUCUGUGUCCCCGUCCCUGUCUGUCUCUCUUCCUGCCUUCCUGUGAUGUUAAGCUCUAUCCCAUUGCAAGAACAGCCAUUAGGCCUGGGACCCCCACACAAACCA